GGCGCGGGGAGGAGCAGGGACCUGGCAGCGGGCUAGGAGGCUGCGAGCUAGCCGCGAACCGGGCGGGCGGCGGGCGCGCGCACCAUGGGGGAGAAACCCGGGACCAGGGUCUUCAAGAAGUCGAGUCCCAACUGCAAGCUCACCGUGUACCUGGGCAAGCGGGACUUUGUAGAUCACCUGGACAAAGUGGAUCCUGUAGAUGGCGUGGUGCUAGUGGACCCUGACUAUUUGAAGGACCGCAAAGUGUUUGUGACCCUCACCUGUGCCUUCCGCUAUGGCCGCGAAGACCUGGAUGUGCUGGGCCUGUCCUUCCGCAAGGACCUGUUCAUCGCCAACUACCAGGCCUUCCCCCCAACGCCCAACCCGCCCCGGCCCCCCACCCGCCUGCAGGACCGGCUGCUGAGGAAGCUGGGCAAGCAUGCCCACCCCUUUUUUUUCACAAUACCCCAGAACCUGCCCUGCUCCGUCACCCUGCAGCCAGGCCCAGAGGACACAGGGAAGGCCUGUGGGGUAGACUUUGAGAUUCGAGCCUUCUGUGCCAAAUCACUAGAAGAGAAAAGCCACAAAAGGAACUCCGUGCGUCUGGUGAUCCGAAAGGUGCAGUUUGCCCCAGAGAAACCUGGCCCCCAGCCUUCGGCUGAAACCACACGCCACUUCCUCAUGUCUGACCGGUCCCUCCACCUUGAGGCUUCCCUGGACAAGGAGCUGUACUACCAUGGGGAGCCCCUCAAUGUCAAUGUCCACGUCACCAACAACUCCACCAAGACUGUCAAGAAGAUCAAAGUCUCUGUGAGACAGUACGCCGACAUCUGCCUCUUCAGCACCGCCCAGUACAAGUGUCCUGUGGCUCAGAUCGAACAAGAUGACCAGGUGUCGCCCAGUUCCACGUUCUGUAAGGUGUACACCAUAACCCCCCUGCUCAGCAACAACCGGGAGAAGCGCGGUCUCGCCCUGGACGGGAAGCUCAAGCACGAGGACACCAACCUGGCAUCCAGCACCAUCGUUAAGGAGGGUGCCAACAAGGAGGUGCUGGGAAUCCUGGUGUCCUACAGGGUCAAGGUGAAGCUGGUGGUGUCUCGAGGCGGGGAUGUCUCCGUGGAACUGCCUUUUGUUCUUAUGCACCCCAAACCCCAUGACCACAUCACCCUCCCCAGACCCCAGUCAGCAACCCCCCACCCCCCCACUCUCCUCCUCCCCUCAGCUGCUCCUGAAACAGAUGCCCCUGUGGACACCAACCUCAUUGAAUUUGAUACCAACCCCGCGGCUGCCCCAGCACCUCUGUCUCCGGGAGGGGUGUGGGAGGUGGAGAAGGAGGGCUGGAGCCCUCGCCUCACCCCUCCUCUCCACCACCAAGCUAUGCCACAGAUGACGACAUCGUGUUUGAGGACUUUGCCCGGCUUCGGCUGAAGGGGAUGAAGGACGAGGACUACGACGACCAGUUCUGCUAGGAAACGGGGCUGGAAGAAGGGCGUGGAUGGUGCUGGGAGACGUAGGGGCAGGACCAAGACCCCCACUAUCACCGGGGGGGAUCCCAGCCUCUCGUCCUUUCCCCUCCACCCAGCGGCUUCCUCAACCAACCCUCCCCUCCCUCCCUCCCCUAUCCCCCACCAGAUACACACUGGACCCAUCUCUUGUGGAUCGUGGGCAUUAAUUUUUUGAAUACAGCUGUGCUUCCCCAGGCCCCCAGUGGGUGGCAAGCUGGGUUUGUACCUAAAUGUUUUGGAGGGGGACACUGAAGAGGACAGUAGGGAAAGGGCGGAGGGAAGAGCUCCCACAUUCAACCUCACACCAACACCCCCUCCUGUCACUAUCUCUGCCUCCCAUUCCUUCAGGAUGAGACCCUUUGGGGGGCAAGGCCAGUUCUUUGCUUCUGAGCAUAAAGAAGAAAAUAAACCUUUUAAUAGGCACAA